AUGACAUCGAAAUUGUUCCUCCGACCCGCACUAGCCCUGAUUAGAGUCCUCUCAACAUCGAAAGCGACAUUGUUGAACCCAGACAAAAACCUCCCUUUGAACAAGCUUCUUCGAUGGACAGUAUACAAUCAUUUCUGUGCUGGUACAAAUAGCAAAGAAGUCUCAAAGACAGUGGCGGAUGUCAAGAAAAUUGGAUAUCAGGGUGUCAUCUUGGGAUAUUCCAAAGAGAUUGUGCUAGAUCACAAUGAAAAGCUUGCUGUGGAUGAGUAUGGCUCGGCAAAAUACAGCGAUCGGUGCUAUGAGAUGGUGGAGGAAUGGAAAAAUGGUACAUUGGAAACACUGCGCAUGGUUGGGCCAGGUGACUUCCUUGCUGUGAAAUUAACUGGUGCCGGCCCUGUCGCCGUUGACGCGAUGGCCGCACGUCAACCAAUGCCAGAGGCUAUGGCCAAAGCUGUGGACGAGAUCUGCAUUGCGACUGAGAAACAGGGCUCUCGUCUUUGGCUAGAUGCCGAGCAGCAAGUAUUACAGAAAGGUCUUGACGACUGGGCUCUUGAGACAAUGCGGAAACACAAUAAAGCAGAAAACCCCAUUGUUUACAAUACUAUCCAAGCCUACCUUAAAGGGUCAAAUGCAAACCUCGACCGCCACCUUACCCUGGCUGCCCAAGAGGGUUGGACGCUGGGUAUAAAGCUAGUGCGAGGAGCGUAUAUUGAGCAUGAAACACGUUCUCUCAUCCAUGACACCCAGAAAGACACGGACCAGUCAUAUAAUCUCAUUGCAGACACACUGCUGUGCCGAAGAAUGCCUGCCGAUAACGAUACCCUUCCAUUCCCAAAGGCUGCCCUCUUCCUUGCCACCCACAACGCUGCCAGUACAGCGAUGGCUAUUUCUACAUACCAGGAACGCCUACUCUCCAACAAGCCGACAAUAAUGCUGGAAUGUGGGCAGAUUCAAGGAAUGGCCGAUGAGCUCAGCUGUCAGUUGGUGCAGAACUAUGAACGCGCACUUGAACAGUUAACUGCGGCAAACUUGACUGUCCCCAAGGCUUUCAAAUGUAUGACCUGGGGCUCUGUUGCCGAGUGUAUGGGAUAUUUGCAUCGUCGAGCAAUUGAGAAUCGUGGUGCAGUAGAGCGAACACAACAUAUGAUGACCGCAUUGCGGCGCGAGCUGUGGCGAAGGAUUGUCGGAUAA